AUGCAGACUUUCAGUAUCUGUAACAGUAAGCAGUUGCCUCGAGUCACAUCCACCCAUUCCCUGUGCUCGACCCCCCACUCCCUGUGCUCGACCCCCACUCCCUGUCCUCGACCCCCACUCCUUGUUUUCGACCCCCACUUCCUGUCCUCGAUCCCCACUCCCUGUCCUCGAUCCCCACUUCCUGUCCUCGACCCCCACUCCCUGUCCUCGACACCCACUCUCUGUUCUCGACCUCCACUCCUUUUACUCGACACCCACUCCCUGUCCUCGACCCCCACUUCCUGUCCUCGACCCCCACUCCCUGUCCUCGACUCCCACUCUCUGUCCUCGACACCCACUCCCUGUCCUCGACCCCCACUCCCUGUCCUCGACCCCCACUCCCUGUUCUCGACCCCAACUCCCUGUUCUCGACACCCACUCCCUGUCCUCGACCCCCACUCCCUGUCCUCGACCCCCACUCCCUGUCCUCAACCCUCACUCCCUGUCCUCGACCCCCGACUCCCUGUGCUGUGA